CACAAGGCGAGCAGCACCAACACACAACAACCGCUCUCAGUAGUUUCUCAUCUGUGACGGGGAGUGAACGUCAGCCCCUUCCCUGCCCGACCCCUGACCGCACUGCCUGAGAUGUUACCCUACCGCCUCCCGUGACCCUUGUGACCACUCGAAAGCCAGGAUUUGUCUCUCGUCCUCAGCCACUACACAGGAUGGCGGACCGCUUCGAUGACCCCGAGGACUGGGAGCUGCGGCCCUUCUCCUCGGGGAAGCUCAAGAAGUCCUCAUCGGUGGAGAUCCUGCUGGGGACACAUAACAGUACGCGGGGCCGCCUGCUCGCCUCCUCCCCCAACCACCCCUCCAGAGGAACGGUCACGAGCCACAAGAUGAAGGGGUCAGGCCGGCCCUCGAGCAACGGGAAGUCUGACACUCUCCCAGCUCAGUCCGCCUCGUCAGGUACCCGCCAAGUGCCAAACGGGGGCGUCACGAAGCCAGGAUCUAAGGACAAGGAAGCGAAGAGUGCCCACCAUAAGGCGCCUAAGGACAGUGAGGGAAAACGCGUGCAUGCUAAGACGCCUAAAGACUCAGAGGCAAAGAAAGAGCACCACAAGAGAGAAAAAGAUAUAGAAAAAGGUGAGCAUUCUAAGCCGUCCAAAGAUACAGCAAAUGACGCGGAAUUUAAAAAGGUUAAGGACACAGAAAAAGACGGUCACCCUAAGCCGCCCAAAGAUACAGAAAAAGGUGCGCAAUCUAAGAAGGUAAAGGACACAGAAAAAGAUGGUCACUCUAAGCCGCCCAAAGAUACAGAAAAAGGUGCAGAAUCUAAGAAGGUUAAGGACACAGAAAAAGAUGGUCACUCUAAGCCGCCCAAAGAUACAGAAAAAGGUGCAGAAUCUAAGAAGAUUAAGGACACAGAAAAAGAUGGUCACUCUAAGCCGCCCAAAGAUACAGAAAAAGGUGCAGAAUCUAAGAAGAUUAAGGACACAGAAAAAGAUGGUCACUCUAAGCCGCCCAAAGAUACAGAAAAAGGUGCAGAAUCUAAGAAGGUUAAGGACACAGAAAAAGAUGGUCACUCUAAGCCGUCCAAAGAUACAGAAAAAGGUGCAGAAUCUAAGAAGGUUAAGGACACAGAAAAAGAUGGUCACUCUAAGCCGUCCAAAAAUACAGAAAAAGACGCGGAAUCUAAAAAGGUAAAGGACACAGAAAAAGAUGGUCACUCUAAGCCGUCCAAAAAUACAGAAAAAGACGCUCAAUCUAAAAAAGUUAAGGAUACAGAAAAAGAUGGUCACUCUAAGUCGCCCAAAGAUACAGAAAAAGGUGCACACUCUAACGCGUCUAAAGAUACAGAAAGAGGUGCGGAAUCUAAACUGUCCAAAGACAUAGAAAAAGGUGCGGAAUCUAAUACUUCUAAGGACUCUGAUUCAAGGAGUGCGCAGCCUUACCCAGUGCAAAGGACGGAGAAACCCAUCGUGCCCCUCUCCGCUGUGAACCCCGAUCUCAUGGGCUCGAACACCUCUUUACGGCGAAUGUCCUCAACCCCUUUGCACCCAGGCUACAACACCCCCAGGCGGCGGGAAUCAGAGACGCCCAUGCCGUUCAUGCCACUCUCCGCCAUACCCUUAUCCUUACUGGGGUCCAACAGCUCCCUAAGGCGAGUAUCUGAGACUCCAUCUGUCCCUCACUACUUAACUUCCACCCCGGUACAGACCACCAAACCCCAGACCUCCCACGCCACCCAGAACACUCCCCCGAUGUCCAGGCUAAGAAACCUCAAGGAACUCGCCAGCCGCCUCCCCCUGCUGGUCACGAAGAAACCCGAAUACCCGUCCCCCAACAGCACGCCGCAGGACACGCCGAAGAGCACGCCGAAGAGCACGCCAAAGGUGACGCCGAAGGGGACGCCCAUCAUAGGGAAGCGGGGGCACGUGUUCUCGGUGUCAACGCCCGAGGUGGAGCCGGAGACGGGCCAUCCGUCACCGCUCAUCCCCUCCGAGGCGGUGAGGAUGCGGCGGCACGUUAAGGAGUGUGAGGGCGACCCCCUCGACCAGCGGAGGAGGAUCAAGCCCCCGACAGACGACUCGGACAAGGACAAGGCUGAGGGCGGCGGUGACGGGGACGAGCCGGUGUGGCAAAGGCGCCUGUCGCUGCUCUUCAUCCCGCCCACCGAAAACGAGCUGGAGGAGCCGGAGAAGGAGCCCGAGGAAACCACACGACUCCUCCCGAAGAACAUCCAGCCACACAUCCUUCGCAAGCAGUCCAUCGAUAGCCUCUGCUACACGCCCCCGCGCUCCCGCAAGAAGGAGCGCGAGGAGAGGGCGGCGAGAAAGCGGGAGAGAGACGAGGAGAAGAAGAGGGAGAGAGAGCGCGAGGAGAAGGAAAGGGAGCGGAAAGAGAGAGAGGAGAAGGAAGCUAAGGAGAGGGAGGAGAAGGAGAGAGAGCUUGCGAGGAAGGAGAAGGAGAAGACCAGUAGCAGUAAGAGGAACAAGAAGGUGGAAGAGGAAGAGGAGGACCUGCAGCCGGCGCGUAUCAUCUAUGAAGACGAGAGAAGAGGGAAGGAGAAGAAGGAGAGCAACGCGAAAUUCUCAAGACUACGAAGGUCAUCCAUAAGUGAUGCCCCCUCGUCGUCCUCGUCCUCCCAUGCCACGAGCGAGGAGGAGGAGGAGGAAGACGAAGAGGAGAACGAGCAGGAGCCAGGUGGGGAUGACUACACUUCCUGGGAUGACACAAUCUGCUCCAACCGCUCCGCCUACUUCAAGAAAUACUACACCCAGCGAGGGGUCAUAGGAAAGUCCCCCGACGAGAUAGACGGUUCCUUCAAGUCCCCCUUCGAAGCUUCCCACAACUCCCUCUCAUCACUCAUACGAGAGAAAAUGGGGAAGCUGUCGCCGGGCCAGGGCAAGAAGGGCGUGCAGGUGGGGCUGGUGGUGCUGGUUGUGGUGCUGCUGGUGAUAAUCGUGACGGGCAUCAGCCUCACCACAUACUUCUACAAACUUCACCUCCUCGAGCUUUCCAUCUUCAACCGCAUCAAGUUUUUCGAGUCGCCGCGGCACCUGAUGGUGUAUGACCCCACGUGGGAGCCCGUCAUCACCGCCCACCUGGGGACCAACCUGCCGGACCUCUCCAUCCCCGAGGACUGCACGCAGUACCUCCACUACCUGGAGGCGAGGAACUACACGCUGCCCCACCACGGCCUGGGAGACGACGAGUACGAGGAGAUGAUAUGUCUGGACUGGACGGGUCUGGCCCAGCUGCACCUUCGGAAGCUGUACUCGUCGGGCAGCGUGCAGUGCUACUCGGUGUGGUGGCUGGCCCUCAAGGACGACUUCUCGCUGCGGGAUUGCCUCAUGGCGGACGCGAGUCACGGCGUGUGGUGGGGCGGCGGCGAGAUGGCGGCGGGCGGCUUCCCUGUGACGCGGGCCAACGUCCCGCCCGAGAAGAUGGUGACUGGCAGGCUGGACCGGGACCCGUGGGGGCAGGUGAUACGCCGCGCCUGGAUCUCUGACCACGCCUCCAUGCUCCUGCUACCCGCCAGGUUCAACGGCCUCGUGUCUGUUAACCACGAGCUGGACGAGCAAGUGUGCAUGGAGGUGCCCGGCGACCCCGGUGCCACCAAGGACCGCACGCUGAGUUACACGCUGUGCAUCGCGCCCAACCUUACCGCACUGGCCUCCCACAUGCACCAGCGCGCCGUGCGGGAGCGGCGCCUGGUGGGCCUAGCCAUGCCCACCCUCGUCAACUACAGCACCGAGUUGGAGAAGGAGGAGCAUGGCGACGGCGAGACCCACGAGGUGACGGUGCUGGAGGAAAACUUCCGACCGGAAGUGGUGACGCGGGUGGAGGAGCGGCUGGAGAACCCGAUCUGGAUCCCCUGGAUGUUCCCGGAGAACCCGCAGCUGACGCAGGAGGCGGUGCUGCAGUACGUGGACCGCAUGCUGAGCAACAGGACGCUGGGAGUGUGGGGCCACGUGCUGCUGCCAGCCUCGUGGCAGACUCGGCCCGGCGAGAUGGAGUUUGAUCCCGAGAGGUUCCCUGACCCCUUGGCCCUCUCGCAGGAGCUCCAGACCAAGGGCUUUCGCCUGGCCCUGACCAUACACCCGUUCGUCAGCGUGGAUGCCCCCGCCUUCAACGCGGGCUCCACGGAGAGCCUGUGGGUGCGGCAGAAGAACUCGGUGCUGCCGGCCCUGGUGAGCUACGACGAGCAGCACCCGUCGGUGAUGACGGACUUCAGCAACCCGCGGGCGCGCCAGUGGUAUGCCGCGCAGCUCCGGCAGCUGAAGGACAAAUACCAAAUCGACCGCUUCCACCUACAGCCCGCCGACGCCCACACCCUGCCCGCCUUCCACGAGCACCACCUGCCCGUGCCCGGCUCCGACGCCACGCUGAUGUUUUUCAUGGCCUCUGUCAGCAGCGUGUCGCCGCCCAUCAGUACGGAGGGCACCGUAACGCCGCCCCUGCCGCCCACCUUCGUUUCCCUGGGGACGGGCGACGGCUCCUGGGAGGGCCUCGAGACCCUCGUGCCCCGUGUCCUCACCCUCGCCAUGCUCGGCUUCCCCUUCGUCGACGUGGGGCCCAUCGGCGGCCUGGCCAGGGCGGGGCACGUGCCGGACCGGGAGCUCUACAUCAGGUGGAUUGAGGCGGCGGCCUUCCUCCCCGCCAUGCAGAUAAGCGUGUUGCCCAGCACCUACGGGGAGGAGGUGGAGGAGCUGGCACAGGAAUACCUAGCCAAACGUAAAGAGCUCGUCCUACCUCGACUGCUGGCCCGGGUGAGGGACGGCCUGGACCACGGUCGGCCCCUCAUCACUCCGCUGUCCAUCUUCGUGCCGGAUGACCCCGAGGCCGCCAAGGUGGAUGACGAGUGGAUGAUUGGCGAUGACCUCCUAGUGGCGCCCGUGACCCACCGAGGGGAGAGGAAGCGCACCUUCUACCUGCCCAAGGGGAUCUGGAGGGACGAGAUUGACGGUCACCUGAGGAGCGGAGGACGAUGGGUCAAGAAUUACAAAGUCCCGCUCACCAAGAUUCCUCACUUCACCUUGAAAUACAUAAACGACUUCGAGACCUGAGUGAGAGAUUGAGGCCCGUGUUCUCAGACGCUUUCGGCUCUAACAACAAUAUUUACAAAGGCCACAGAGGAGAGUAGUUGGGUUCUCGUGAGUGUUUUCCGCGUUCAUGGUGCGGGAGGCUUGUCAGACUAUCACCAGACUCAUAAAACUACUCAUGGAAAUACUCACAACCUCAACGAAAGCCUUAUCAAAUGUGGGUGUGUGAGCCCAGAAAUGUUUGAGAGUAUGUGCCUAAGAGUGUGAGGGGGAUUUAUUAAGAGAGAGAGAGAGAGAGAGAGAGAGAGAGAGAGAGAGAGAGAGAGAGAGAGAGAGAGAGAGAGAGAGAGAGAGAGAGAGAGAGAGAGAGAGAGAGAGAGAGAGAGAGAGUAAAUACUGUAGAUAAUUAUUAACUUGUUCAUUGUAAUUAUUGAUGAGUUUUAGAUCUUAAUAUACAUAUCGUUCCAAUCCGUA